AUGAUGUUCUUCUAUGGGGACAAAAGAGUUGUCAUACCCCAGGAUCCUGAUAUGCGUACCAGGAUAGUAGAUGAGCUUCACGCUACACAUCCAGACAUAGUCAAGAUGAAAGCCCUAGCUCGAUCUUUUGUUUGGUGGCCCGGAAUAGACAGAUGUUUAGAGCAGAAGGUUCGUACGUGUUCAGUGUGCAAGGAACAUCAGAACAACCCUCAAGCAGCUCCUAUUCAUCCUUGGGAGUUCCCAGAGAGACCGUGGAUGAGAAUACACAUCGAUUACCCCUCAAUUGAGAACCAAGAUGUUCUGAUAGUCGUAGAUGCACAUUGCAAAUGGAUAGAAGCUGUUAGAGUUCCUAAUGCAACCGCUUCUGCCACAGUAACUGCUAUGAGACGCCUAUUUGCUACACAUGGGAUUCCGGAAACGUUGGUUAGUGACAAUGGAACUCAAGUCAGCUCAGAAGAAUUUACCAAAUUUCUCACUGACAACAACAUAGAACAUAUGUGCAAACUGCCCUCACCACCCAUCAAGUAA